UUCUGGCUGUCGAUCAUAGCCCUCGGUACACCUUACACGCUGGACGACUUUUUCUGAUUUUUGUAGAGCCGUCUAACCUGCUGGCAGUUAGAUAUUUAAGAUACCGAUACGUCUCCGUUUUAUAGUCAGUUGUCGUUUAUGUAAACGCGAAUAUAGUGUUUGCUCGUUUAUUCUCGCGCUUUGUCAGGACCGAGAGACGCGGAAGGCUGCUGUUGACUUCUAAGCAAACUCUAAAGCUAGCUGUACGUGUAUGGAUAGUCAAGCCUGCAUGCACGUCCAUUCAAAUACGUGUUAAACGCAUAUUUUCUGAUUGUUUAUACUGUAUUGCUAUAUGUCAGGUGCGUAUAUGAGGCUCUUGCAGAAAACUGUAAAUCUGGCCUCGCUGGCAGUGGCAAAUGCGAUGCUAACUGUCUGAUAGCAUGUGCAGUGUUGCUAAUGUUAAUGGAUCUUUGUAACGUUACAAGCUCGAUCCGGUUGCGGUUCUGGUUUUUCGACUGGCUUGCUUUGUGUUUAAAUGAGAUCAAUAUCGUGUUGUUGGAGUGAAACUAGUACACGGCUUUUACAUCACUGGUUCUGUUAUCAGAUCAACGUAUGACACUUUAGCUAGAGGCAUUUGCUAAUAGUGUUAACAGCUGAUCCCCGUAUUCACAAGUCUAUUCAUUCAACGAGCAUGACGGCAGAGAUGACCCUAACGAAAUAAAAACGCAUGAUCAAGUUUUGUCGUAUCACGCGGAUGGAGGAAAUGUUAUGGUUGUGUGCUAUUAGCUCGCAUCAAGUCCGGGAUAGGCCACGUCGACUGUGUGUGCGUUAAUGUAUUUGAUCUACUGGCACUGGCGUUGCGUGAAUGCAAACAAGGAAUACGUGAAAUCGCCAACUGUGCGGAAGGAACACAGAGUAAACGUCAAAAUUGUAGUUGUCACCAACUUCAGGACAUCUCAAGGUUGCCAUAAGCCGAACGGUUGAGAACCUCAAGGAGAUAAUGUGUUUUGUUUAAAUACUUGAAGGUAGACAACUUAGUUUGACGGUGACUACGGUACACGUAUUUUAACGCUCACGCAAAACCGGUGAUCGUAAUCUGUGCUUCUCUUCGAUUACACAAUGAUCGGGUUCGGUGCGAAUCGACGCGGAGGUCGCCUCCCGUCUUUCAUCCUGAUCGUGUUAUUGGUGAUUAUCGUCAUUGUGUCGUUUAACUACUGGAGCGUGUCCACUAAACACGGGCGGCUGCUGGACGAGCUGGCCGAGAUACAGACGCAGGUGAAGCGCACGGACGCGGCGCGCUCCCGCCUGGAGAAGAGAAACUCCGAGCUGAUGUUGCAGGUGGACUCGCACCGGAAACAGUUCGAACAGAAAGAUGGAGAUUACAGCGUGCUGGAGAGCAAAUUGCAGGCCAGGGAUGCGCUGCUGAAAUCCUGUACCGACGAAAAGAAUAAACUCCAAAUUGAUGUCAGUGCCCAGAUGUCAGAGAUUCACAGGCUCAAGGAGCAGGUGAAGGAGUUAAGACAGGAAGUCAUCCGACAGGAAGACCAGUUGAGGGAGGUGCGCAAAAACAGCACUAAUCUGGAGAAGAAACUGGAAUAUGAGAGCUUACAGUGUGGUCGUCAGAUAGCUGAGCUGAAAUCGGAGUAUGACGAGAGCAAGAAAAGAGUGGAGGAGGAGGCAGCAAAACUCAGACAGAGUUUGUUAGAAAAUCAUAAAGCAGAGGCAGGGGGUCGGCAGGUGGAUUUAGAACUCGACUCCAACAAAAGAAAAGAAAAUGAGGAUGGUGCAGAACACCACACAGAGGCUGUGCAGCAACACGAUGGCCAGGCUCUUAAAGAUGAGAUGGUUAAACCUGGUAGUGAUGCGGGCAUGCCUGGCAUUGAGGACAGUGAAGUAGGCAAGAUAGACGAUGCACAGUUUGCACUAAAGAAGCCAGCCAUCACACAGAAACAUAUGGAGCCCGCAGAGGCUGCGGCAUUGCUGAAGGAGGAGAGGGCAGGGCUUGGAGCUGGUGCUCUACCAGUGGAUGAUUUGGCCCGAGGGCAACCGUUGGAUCGACCGGACAUGCCCCAUGAUGAAAGUCUGCGUUUGGGGAACCAUGAGGGCCCCGUCCAGCAGCAGGUUCCGAAGCCAGUGGCUGACAAACCCAUGCUGUUUGAUGAAGACAAUAAGGUAGCCAUUAAGGCAGAUGAGUUUGGGGAGCAGCGCAGACAACUGGGAGCUCCUGAAGUUUUGAAGGCAGAGGGAGUUGGACUUCCUCCAAACCCUGCUCAAGUCCUGCCCAAACCCAUUGAUCCUCACAAUGGCAGGGAUCCUGUGCCUGCUGAACUUCCACGCCACCGUCAGAGCCGUUUCUUUGAUGAAAAUGAGUCCCCUGUAGAUCCGCAACACGGCAAUAAGCUGGCGGACUACAAUGGGGACGAUGGCAACGUGGGUGAGUAUGAGGCGGACAAGCAGGCUGAGCUGGCCUACAAUGAGGAAGAGGAUGGUGAUGGUGGGGAGGAAGACGUCCAAGGUGAGCCAGGGGCAUUGCGACUGCUUUGCUAUUCCGUCUCCUGUCACCCUCCCCUGUCCUGUUGCUGUGCUGCUUAUGUUAAGCCACCAGUUCAGUCAUUAUGGGCUCACACCAAGUACUGAGUAACUAUCAAUCCCAAUGCUUGUAAGGCAACAAUGUCUGUAGCCUUUUUGUUAUCAAUCGUAGGUCGGUUCGCUGAGAGCAUGUAAAGGAAGAGAGUGUGAUAUCUAACGCUUUUGAGCCAUGUUGUUGAGACUGAACUUCCUCCCAGCAUGCCUCAUUUGGCUCUCUUGUGUGUGCACUUUACUCUCCAGACUUAAUCACUGUCUUUACUAAUCAAUGUGCUUGUGUUUUGGAUGCAUGUAAAAAUCCAUCUUUUGAAUGCCAUUUGUUUCACACUGAUGUUCUAAUAAGAUGCAAAUUUGUCCAGUGAACACAACUCAUAGAGAACCAUUGUCUGGUCAUCUUGUUCAUAUUCCCAAGCUCCCUUUGCCACUUAACUCAUGUGUGAUGAUGGUUAACCAAUUUUCUCAGGUUACAUGCACACUGCAAAGUUUUGGAAGUGACAAAUGCAUUUAAAUGCAGAAGUCGCAUAAAUUAUUCUUCUAUGUACAAAAUACAGGAGUCCUACUCAGAAUUGUUUGGUUUACAAUGAUAAACAAAGCAAUACUUUGGCAUCCUGUGCAUGUAAAAAAGUAACUUGAGUAUCAUGAGUAGGAUGCUUGGUGUUGUUAAUAAGUAUUAACAACCGAGUGAACAAAUAUCUCCAAAGGUAAGUAGUUAGCAUUCCUGUUCAAUCACUGUACACUUUCUCAGACAUCAUGUUUGAAUUGCCCCUACAAUGUAGGGCUGACAGGAGUUGGAUAGAGAUGGUAUCAAAAUUAGCAAAGUGUGUCGAGACGUGCUCUGUACCUCAGUCCCAAAAGAGAGAAGUGUCACAUUAAAAUUUGAUUGUGAAGUGCUACACCCAUAGAGGUGUGGCCACCAUAUUUCAUUGCAGUGUGUACGUGGCCUCUCACUCCUUUUAGUUGAAAUAAUGCUCACUAGGGCUGCUCGAUUAUGACUAAAAACAUAAUCACGAUUAUUUUGGCCAAUAUUGAGAUCCCGAUUAUUUAACACGAUUACUCAUUAAUUUUUAAAACAACAUAGAAAAUAAAUAACUUUGCUUUUAAACUGUGAAUUCAAUUGAAAAAUAAAUGUAAAGAAAUAAUAGCACAGCUGAACCACUGUAAAAGAAGGGGGGGGAUGCGCUGUGGAUUUAUACCACGAGAAAAGAGAGGAUCCUUGCAAAAUGGAAUGUGGCACAAUAAUCGUUUUACCUCGAUUAUUUUGUUUUUGUAAUUGUUGAAGCCAAAAUUGACGAUUACAAUUAAUUUUCAAUUAAUUGCACAGCCCUAAUGCUCACCUAGUUGACGUUAGUUAGUAGUCAUUGUCGUGAAACUUGUUGUUCUCUAAUUUUUCAUACUUGUAUG